CCGGAAGUGGGCGGAAGGGGCGGGGCCCCUGGGCCAGGCGGCGGGUUUAAAUUGCAACAACGGUCAGCACCGCGGUGGUGGCUCCUUCCGUGGCUGCUCGUCGGGCUCGUCGUCUCCCGCGACUAGCCAGAGAGCCCCAGGAUGGAGACCUUGUCUUUCCCCAGAUACAACGUUGCUGAGAUUGUGACUCAUGUUCGGAACAAAAUCCUCACCGGGGCUGAUGGUAAAAAUCUCUCCAAGAGUGACCUUUAUCCCAAUCCCAAGCCCGAGGUCCUGCACAUGAUCUACUUGAGGGCCCUGCAGAUCGUGUACGGCACGCGCCUGGAGCACUUCUACAUGAUGCCAGUGAACUCAGACGUCAUGUACCCACACUUGAUGGAAGGCUUCUUGCCCGUCAGCAACCUGUUUAUUCACCUGAACUCGUUUCUGCCCAUCUGCCGGGUGAAUGACUUUGAGACGGCCGACAUCCUGUACCCAAAGGCCAAACGGACCAGUCGGUUUUUGAGCGGGAUCAUCAACUUCAUCCACUUCAGGGAAGCAUGCCGGGACACGUACAUGGAGUUUCUGUGGCAAUAUAAAUCUUCUGUGGACAAAAUGCAGCAGCUAAAUGCAGCUCACCAGGAGGCGAUAAUGAAGUUGGAGAAACUUGAUUCUGUUCCAGCGGAGGAGCAGGCUGAGUUCCAGCAGCUUUCCGACGAGAUCCAGGAGCUGCAGCAGCUGCUGAACCAGGACUUCCGGCAGAAAACGGUAUUGCUGCAAGAGAGAAAUGCCCAAAAGAAGUCUGAUAUUUUAGAGAGGACCAAGCAUUUGAAUGAACUAAGAUUAUCAGUAGUUUCUUUGAAAGAACUACAAGAGAGUUUGAAAACAAAAAUUGUGGAUUCCCCAGAGAAGUUAAAGAAUUAUAAAGAAAAAAUGAAAGAUACAGUCCAGAAGCUUAAAAAUUCUAGGCAAGAAGUGAUGGAGAAGUACGAGGUGUACCGUGACUCGGUGGAUGGCCUGCCCUCCUGUCAGCUGGAGGUCCAGCUGUAUCAGAAGAAAAUACAGGACCUGGCGGAGAACAGGGAGAAGCUGGCCGGUGUCUUAAAGGAGAACCUGAACUUGGAGGACCAGAUUGAGAGCGGGGAGUCGGAACUGAAGAAACUGAAGACAGAAGAGAAUUCCUUGCGCAGACUGAUGAAUGUGAAGAAGGAAAAACUCGCCACAACCCAGUUCAAAAUCAACAAGAAGCACGAGGACGUGAAGCAGUACAAGCGCACAGUCAUUGAAGAUUGCAAUAAAGUUCAAGAAAAAAGAGGUGCUGUGUAUGAGCGAAUAACCACCAUUAACCAAGAAAUCCAAAAAGUUAAAUUUGCCAUCCAGCAACUAAAAGAUGCCACGGAGAGGGAGAAACUGAAGUCCCAGGAAAUAUUUCUGACCUUGAAAGGGGCUCUGGAGAAAUACCAUGAGGGCAUCGGGAAGGCGGCCGAGGAGGGCUGUGCUGCGCUGGAGGGGAAGGCGGCUGAGCUGAGGAAGAGAAUGGCCAUGCUGCCCACCUGAUGCCAGUGGAAGGGGGUUUGUAAAUAGUUUGUGUGGUUUAAUGUUUGUAAUUAGAAGUUGAAUUAACGGAAGUAUUAGAAGUACUAAAUAAUGUUAGCUCAUGGUCAUUGUGUGUAUACUCAUAGGCUAUUGUUUGUAGGAUGAGGCAUUUAAUAUGGACAUUUCCUAACUCAUAAUAAAGCUAUGCAGCUGUUCA